AAGAGCAUGUGUGUGCACGCGCGCUAGGCACGAAGGAUAGGCAGCAACACAACACCAAAAAAAGCGAGCAAAGCCUACCUGGACCACUUGCCUCCUAUACUUGCCAUCAUUCACAUCAUUGAAAGCAAAAAGAGAAGGAGAGAGUGAGAGGAAAAAGGAAGAUGUUGAGCAGCAAAACCCCUGAGCACAACAGCUGGUUGCUGUUGUCAUCCCAUUUCCUUUCGGAAUCGCACCGGGUGGACGGGUGUGUGUGUCCUUGCUCUGCUUUCAGGAUUUUAUGUUCCUUCUCCAUUCCAUCUCGCAGCAUUCAUCAAUGAUGAUCCUGAUGAUUGCUUUACAACACACAGAAACACACCCCGCACCUACGCAACGAGCGACGACCAACCCUCCGCCCGGGAGAAACCUUUGGCUUUGGAAUUCCCAUUCUCAGAUUCGGUGCUUGUGUUGUUUAUUGUCUGUUUAUCGGAUAAUUGCUUUGGUGCGUUCGUUCGUGCCUACGAGCGAGCAGGUGAUGUUCGGAGCAUCAUCAUCGCCUGCUUUGAUCGAAUUCCGGUGGUUUUCAGUAACGUUUCGGUGGUGCUGUGAGAAGGAUCGCCAGAGCCAUGGGCAACAUGAAUCUCUGCUCAAACAUCAAGUUCCACGGCUACUUGAUCGUGGUGUUUUCGGCGCUGCUCACGGUCAGCGUUCUGAUUAGCUCGGUGACGCUGAAGCUGCUCUACCCGAACCGUCAGGAUGUGGAUAUUCCAAACGAUUUUCAAGAUCUGAUCGAUUACGGAUGGUUCGACUUUACCGGUGAUGUUGUGCAUCUGAUCUCGAUCGGAGUUCUCUGCUAUGGCAUUCGAAAGGAAAAUCGCUUCUGUCUCAUCCCGUUCAUGCUGUCGAUCGUGUUCGACUGGGUUGCGUAUCUGAUCGCCAACACACGCAACGGUUCCGCAAUGCCCUAUCAAGUGUGGUUGGUGACAACAGCUCUAUUCCUGUACGUGUUUGUCACACUGAUUGGACUGUACAAGCUCUUUCAGCUGAAGCUUAAGGAAGGCACCGACCGUUCGGAUGAGUUUAACAAAACGAUGUGCCUGUGACGCUGCUGCGCCCUGUGGA